AUGGCUUCCAAGGCCAUGUGGGAGGUUGAUCCCGAGACGCGAGCCAAGUUGGCCGCGAUCCAGAAAGAGGCUAAGAAUAACGUCUGCUGCGACUGCAACGCACCAUCCCCGCAAUGGGCUUCCCCCAAGUUUGGUAUUUUUAUCUGCCUGUCAUGCGCCGGUGUGCACCGAGGCCUCGGUGUGCACAUUUCAUUCGUACGCAGUAUUUCCAUGGACGCUUUUAAGCAGGUUGAGAUCGAGCGGAUGCGCCUCGGCGGCAACGAGAACUGGCGCAAUUUCUUCGAGCAGCACGAGGACACCAAGAUGAGGGGCAUUUCUUGGGACGACGCGACCAUUGCCGAGCGAUACAGUGGAGAAGUAGGUGAGGAGUGGAAAGACAGGCUCACGGCCAAGGUCGAGGGCAAAGAGUACGUGCCUGGUGAAAAGAAGGCCGCGCCCGCACCCGCUGCGGCUCCGAAGCCAGUCAGUAAAACCGCUACGCCGCUGAGCGGCACCAACAGCCGAUCUGCCAGCCCUGGCAGGAAGGUCAAGGUCGACGACAAGUACUUCUCCAAACUUGGCGCUGAGAACGCUUCGAGGCCGGACGACUUGCCGCCCAGUCAAGGAGGCAAAUACGGAGGCUUCGGUAACAUGCCCACAUCUGAGAAGAAGGACGGCGGCAUGCCCACUGUCGACGACCUGCAAAAGGAUCCUAUGGCAGCCCUUACUAAAGGCUUCGGCUGGUUCACCAGUACCGUCUCUAAGACGGCCAAAACGGUCAAUGAUGGCUACAUUCAGCCCACAGCGAAACAGGUGGGUGACCCUUCUACUUCUACUACUUCUAAAAUUCCGUCUCCCCCCGCACCAGCCCGGACGAAGAGGUCAGGACUAAUUCGUCGUCCCACAGCUGGCUGA